UCGUGUUGUGACAGACUCUCGCUCUCUCUCUCUCUGGUAGGCGAAGCUCUGAGCGCCUAGCUGACUGACUGAGCCAAGCCAUGUGGAGUGCCAGAAGCAGAUUUCUAAUAGUCCUGCUUCUCUCGACUGCUUUCACAGUCGACCUGCUCUUCAACAUCCUACCAAAGUUACAACAGCGGUCCAACCGAAACCACUGCCCGUGUGAGGAGUCCCCCAACAGAAGCGCCGUUCUGCGGAUCUUCCCUGGAAACGGCAGCGGAGCUCCGCUGGAGGCUCUGCGCUGGUCCCUCGACCCAACUGUCUCCAAACUCCGCAAACUCUUCUCGCACCCUUUAUACCAAGAGCAGCCCCUACCCCGGCGACCAGGGGACCAGCUCUUAGAAAAGGAAGAUGCUGUGAAAUAUUGCAAUUACAAAGCUAAACGGGCGAAUAGAAUUUUAGGUCGGUGUGCACCCGGCCUGAUCAGAUGUGAAAUUGUGCGUGAUGAUGUCGGGAGAAGAGCACGGACAGGGGACUUAACAGGUACACAUUACAGCUCCCGGGUUUACCUGGCUUCUAACUGGCUGAAGUUUCACUUAGCAAUUGAUCGCUACGCACUGUACCCUCGAUCGGAUCCCUUUCUUGAUCGCCUGCUUGAAGACUUAGCUGUUCUUGGCAUCAGUGAAGCUGAUUACACGGAUGAUGAAAAAGCUUUGAAUGGAAGAUGCAAUUGUAAAGAAGUUGUGAAGCCAAGUGGAGUCCAUCUGAAACUGCUACUAAAAUUUCAGAACUUUGGAAAGGCUGUUUUCAAGCCUAUGAGGCAAAAACGAGAGGAGGAGACUUCAGCAGACAUUUUUUACUUUGUUGACUUUCAAAGGCAUAAUGCUGAAAUAGCUGCUUUUCACCUAGACAGAAUUCUUGAUUUCCGGCGUGUUCCACCAGUGGCCGGACGAAAGUUUAACCUAAGUAAAGAAAUCCGAGACCUGACUAGAAAUGAAGAUUUGAAAGGCACUUUUUUCAUCUCACCAGAGAACAAUGUAUGUUUCUUUUCAAAAUGCACAUACUCAUGUAAGACAGAGUACGCAGUCUGUGGGAGACCUCACCUGCUGGAAGGAUCAGUAUCUGCCUUUCUGCCUGACCUUUACAUUGCACAGCGAGAACUCAUCAAGAACCCCUGGAGCAGGUCCUACACAUUUACUGGUAAAGAAGAGUGGGAAACCAACCCAAACUAUUGUGAAAAGAUCAAACGUACCCCUCCUUAUAAUACAGGUAGCAGAUUACUGAACAUUAUCGAUAUGGCCAUAUUUGACUUUUUAACAGGAAAUAUGGAUCGCCAUCACUUUGAGGUUUUCACUAAGUUCAGAAAGGACGGUUAUAUCAUCCACUUCGACAAUGCCAGAGGGUUUGGGAAACACUCACAUGAUGAACUCUCCAUCCUUGCCCCUCUGACUCAGUGCUGCAGGAUAAAGAAGUCAACGUUCUUGCGUUUGGAGCUAUUGUCACAGCCGGAUUAUCGAUUGAGUGACAUCAUGCGGGAGUCUUUGCUUCACGAUGCUCUCAGUCCAGUUUUGACAGAGCCUCAUUUGCUUGCACUGGAUAGGCGGCUGCAAGCAAUCCUGAAAGCUGUUCAAAAAUGUUUGCAACAACGUGGAGGCGCUGAUGUAAUUAAGGAUGAUGUGGGAGAUGAGUUUGACUUCAUAGAUUUUAACAGCAGUGUGCUGGCCAGGUAAUUGGCCACUCACUUUACGUUAUAAUCACAAGGAAAGAGAACCAGAAAAAGGCAAGGACGGAAACUCCGAUGAGAACAGAAUUCUUCCCGCAUUUAAAAAGCAAACUCUCUGUUGAUGUGUUAGUUACUGUUUUCGUUUCUUGUGCCACUCUCCGCUAUUUCUGAAAGUGCACUACUGUUGACUGACUCAUAGUAAUGUUUAAAACAGCACAAUUUUACCCAGCUCAGUAGCCUAGCUCCCUAACCUGAUGGUUCAGAACUUGAGAUGAGGAGCUUUCUUGAAACUACUUGAUUUUACUGCUCAAAUUUGACGGGUUCAUUUCUUGCCGGAGCCAGUAGAUGGAGCACCAGCUCAUUGGUUGAAUACUGCAUGAGGAAGGUGAAGAAAUCACACUGUCCAUCUCAUCCUGCUUUGAGAGCUUCUCCUGUUUUAAGGUGGGCACUAGCACUUCAACAGGGAAGUCCACGCCUGGGUGACAGUCCUGCCUGGUGCAAUACUAUACAUAGUGCUGUCACACUUUUUGUUAAGUGCAAACCUAUAAAUGGGGGAAAUGGGAUCAUGGCUCGAGUUCUGUUGCUUGCCUAGCGGUGAUGAAAAUUUAUUGGAAAGUUGGUCGCCUUAAACCAUAAUGGGGCAAAUUUAACUAUUAGGCAGCGCCAGGUGCCAGAUCCUUCCAGCAGGAGGCCCAGUCCAUUUUGACGGCAGGUCCUCAGUAACAUGCUGCCAGUGAGUUCAAUGCUCUGUCCCAGAGAUCACCGCAGCAGUGAGCGCUAUUGACCACCAGGUUUACUGAAUGAAGUGUCCCGUGAUGCACACUCCACCCAGUAAAACCUCAACAUUAUACCGGGGCCUGACCUACAUUAUCGGACCCUGAUUUGCAUUGAUUAAUGAGGUUCCCACCCUGGGGCGGUCCAAGUUAAAAUGGCAGUGGACCUGGAAGGGGUGGUUAGUUUACCCUUUUCCAUCUUAACUCUGCAACCAUCCCUCCGCCAUUAGAUGGAGUUAAACUUGCCCCUAAUGCCUCCACAUCAGAACACACCGAUCAUGUGGGAAAGCAGAAUGGCUGCUUUAUAAGUCAGACUUUCAAAGUCCAGUUUGCAUUCUAGAAACUUCUGAAUGCCCCACGCAGGACAACAAUGCCCUGUCCCGUCCACAGCCAGCCGGCUGCCAACACUAAUUUUAUUCACUUUUAUCUAUAUUUAUCUGUAGAAAGUUUUGUGUCAUGUCUGAGGCUGCCACUUCUUAGGCACUGCACAAAUGUCAAAAAGUAGUCGUCCCCACUUAAUUAAUAUACACAACUCAAAUUUUCUGUCUGUAAAUUCUCACUGUGCUGUGUCAUUUCUUGAGGCUUCAUUCAAACUAUCGAACAAUUCAAAUUUUGUUUAGCACAUCAAUGAUUUUGAAUUGUAAAAGAGUAGAUAAUGGCGAGGAAUUUCCCAAAAGCUACCAGUGUGACUUAGCUAAGAAGUGAGGUUGUGGAGUUGAAGCAGUUCUAAGGAAAUUCCUAGCUAACAUUUUAUUAAAGGGGGGAAAGGGAAGCUAUUCCUUUAUGAUUUUUGUGAACCUGGUAACUUGCCCUAUUCUCCUGGGCCCUGAAUUUACAAAUAUGUGCCAAACCGCAGGAAUGUCCUUCUGCAAAUAAUACGUAAUAAGCCUCAAUAUAUGUCUAAUCUAAUCUAAUAAGGAACUUCAGAGCAGCAACUAUAAAUGGACAGGCCAUGUUUAGAAGGAGCGCUGUCUUAGCUCCAUUCCAGCCCUGGGAUUAAUUGGGGCAGACACAGGAAGACAAUGGGGUCCCCACCCCUCAUCCUCCCACCUGAUUAAAACCACCUCCACCACCAAACUUGCCAAGGAAGAGAGCAUUAAAGGUACGAAUGAGAAUGGAAGUUCCACCGGUAAUAUAAUAAAAGCCUUUGUACUAGCCAUUUGUCCGUGGCACUCUAAAAAUCUGUCAUCCUUUUCUGAUUAGAUUGGAAAGAAGCAAUAAUACUUUCUUCACCACCUCUCAGCAAAUCUUCCUCAAAUUUUGUCUUCGACCCAGCAACGAUGCUUUUUCACACUUGCUUCACUUACUUAACCCCUUCGAAUACAAAUCACAAAUAUCUCGAAAGUUCAACUUUGCCCAAAAGAAAGCACAAAACUUAGCCGGAUCACCCAUCCAGCAUGUCUGGAAUAUAAAUUAACUCACGUUCACAAGCCUUCGCUCUCUCAGUGGCCUUGGGAUUGUUUUGCCUUCUGUUCUCAAAAUUUUGCAAAGGCCUUCAGUCCUGGUGUUUUGUCAGAUAUCACAUACACCCCUCUUCUGCCCAGCUUCCCACAUGCUGCAUGGGAGCACAGGAUUGCAGCAGGAGGCAUUCCUGAAAAUUUGGUCAUGUGAUGUUAUGACCAGAUGACAUCUGAUGACGUGAUGUUCUGAACAGACGACAUCUACCACUGUUGUUGCAUUUACUUUCGAAAGAUUGGAUCCCUGGAGAGGGAGCACACUGUGAGACCUUCCACUGGUGGGCAGAAAGCAUCACCCCCCACCUCCCUGCCCAGGGAAGGUUAUUUUAAUUUGAUUUGUGAAAGUGUUAAUGUUUCUUAUUGUUCCAGUUUAUUUGCGAUGCCUUGUUAGGAAGGGGGUACUAAUAACCUUUUUACAUAUUUGAGUUGAAACCUGUCAUCAAAUGUUAACAAUAAAGGAGCUAGAACAUUUGGAUCCCCUAUAGUCCUGGAAAGAUCUUUAAUUCCACCAAUAACUAUGGGUAAUCCAUUAAAAUUGCAAUAACUAAUAGUAAUACAGGUAACAUUCGGAUUCCACACGUAACUGGUAAUAGUAGGUUUAACUGUCUUGUAACUAAUAGUAAUCCUAAACCCAUUGAGGUUUCUCCUGUAACUACAGCCAGAAAUCCCCAAGGCGGGGUCAGUUGAUAUGCUCAGCCCAUCUUUCUCCCUAUUUCUUUGGAUUCCGGUUCACGGUGAACUCAUGAGUUCACACAUCCAAACUGACCAAUACAGACCAACCCGAACCAAACUGAUAGAUUGCACGAGUAACAGGCUGUGUUUGGGGCAUUUCACAGGGAGCACAUCAUCCUGAACUCAGCCCAGCACCAACAUUUCUAAACUUCUUCCUGGCAUGACCUCAAUAAUAGGAAACUUUUCAUAGAAUGACAGAAAUAAGAGAACAGGAGGAGGCCUUUCGGCCCCAGUGUCUGUACUGGCUGCUCCUGUCUGAUCCUAUCCCCCAGAUCCUUUAAUAUUCCUCCUAUGCAAAUAUUUCUCUCAUUCUGUUUUAAUUUAAGUUUCCAUCUCUACCUCACUAGUCAUAUAAUGAAGGCUCCACAGUCUAUCAGGCCUCAUUUCAAGAAUCUUCUUUCUUCCUUCCCUUCAGUGAGGAUCCUCAUUUCUGUCCUUUUGUUCCCUAUUCACCCACCAGUGGAAUUGAAACAAAUCUUUCACUAUUUGCCUACAGUAAAUUCCCUUUCCCAUGUCUCACUGCCGCCCUAUCACAGUGCCACCUGUGGUCUCAGUGCCACCAGUAUCUCAGUGCUGCCCUUGUCUCAGUACUGCCCCAUCUCAGUGCCACCCCAAUCUCACCAUGUUGUUCCUGUCUCAGUGCCGUGCCUAUCUCAGUGCCACCAGUAUCUCAUUGCUGCCCUUGUCUCAGUGCCAUCCCUAUCUCAGUGCCACCGCUGUCUUGCUCCUGUAUUAUUGCCAACCCUGUCUCAGUGCCACCCCUAUCUCAGUGCCCCCCCCCCCCACCUUCCCACCAUGUUGUCCCUGCAGCUCCCAGCGCUUCAGGAAAUGCUGGUCCCCAACCUCCUCCUCCACCUGCUUAAGCCUCAGACACCCCCAGUCCCUUUCUCAUCCCAAUGCCUCAUCAUUGUCUCCCUGUUUUCCCUGCUCCCCCAUUCCAAUGUCCACCUUUCCCUGACCCCAUAGUCACGAACUUCCUCCAUGAGCCUAUUCCCCAAACUCUGUCCUUUUGUCCAACAGCCCCUGACCCUCCACCCCUGCCAUAUGCCAAGGUGAGCUUCUUGAAGCACCUGUAGGGAGAACCAAAUCCCAGUCCAUGCUCCUCAGAUCUACAGUGUCCCUGUUGCAAUUGCCUCUGCCUCGCAGCAUGGAUAUCUGAAAGUGCAGAAGGCAGCGAUGAGCUUGGAGGGGGUGUGGGGUACGGGCUAACAGUGGAUUUGCUGCGAUGACAAUGUGCAGGUGCAAAUUGGCAUUACCACAAACUUUUCCACCCAGUUGCAACAGUGUGAGCUCUGGAGACGAAUCACUGCUAUUGAUAGACCCCAAUGAAGUCAGCAGGGUCGGGGAAGAGUUAUGCAAUAACGCUUUGCUCUGCACAUCAUUUUCACACCUUCUCCAUUUCACUCUGGCUCAAGUUUAAUGUCUCAAAACUCUGUGCACCAAACUCACACACUUGUCAGGACACUCAAUGAUCUGGUGUAGGCACUCAGAGGGCAAAGCACUAAGUUUCUGUUUCACCAUCAAUACUCUCUCUUGGUCUCCUUGCAGCUAAGCAUUCCCAUAUCCCUUUGACUCACCAAGGCAGCUGCACUUGUACAUAGUUUGUAAUAGUGAUAAUCUGUCAUUAUCUGUAUCCAGUUUUACUGUUUACUUUUAGAAAGAUGUCAAUGUUAUUUUUGUUAUAUGAAGGUAACAAUCUCUUGAGAAGGAAUUUAAAACAUCUUUUAUUCAACACUUUUGGUCCUUAAAUUCUCUGGAAACUAUUGUACAGAUUCAGAUUCCAUUCAAUGUUGAAUCAGAGAUUUGAAAGCUCUCUAAUGAAUGGAGAUAUCAUCUUAAUUGUACCUGCUUUCAAUUAAAUUACAGUAAUUCAUGCACCAGAUGAAGAUGAUAUUAUGAAGGCUUCAUGUUGGUGAAUGUGGUCAAACUGAUGGCAUCAUAGAGAAAUCUGAUGAAAAUCUCUCUCACAACCCCACUUAACAUAUUUACAACAGAGCUUGGAACAAAUGUGGACCUUAGUAUCACAAUCACCUGAUACAGUCCUGUAUAAAUCCUGACAAUGGCAUGCACACUAAGGGGAAAUUCAUGUUAUUUACAAAGCAGCUGGAGAAUAUUUACUGAGGUGAAAUACUAAUCAACUCCCGGAACCCUCACUGUCCCCAAUAGAAUGGGAUCACAGAACAGGGGCAGGAGGAAGCCAUUCGAGUCUGUUCUGCCAUUCAAUGAGAUCAUAGUCCCACACUGUUCUAAUGACUGGAAGGCUCUGGGAUUUGAUUUAUAGAAUGCAAACAGUAGGUUGCAAACACCUAGUUGCCAGAUUUAGGAUUCUUGGAUGGGUACCACACCAAUGGUAUUAUUUUGCAGCACUGAGUGUUAAUUGACAGCCUGAAUUGGAACAGCACUUUCUCCAACAUUCUCUUACUGCGAUUCACAAUAAAAAGUUAGUUUCUACAUGGAGACCCCACCUCUCCUGUGGUCAGAAACAUACAGCCUUCUGUGUUCCAUGUAUAACAGGGAUUCUCAAACUUUUUGCUUCUAAAGCACAUGUUCCCCAUUUUACAA